AUGAAGCGCUACCAUAAACUGGAGAAAAUUGGAGAGGGCACUUACGGCGUGGUGUAUAAAGCUCAAAAUAGUCACGGAGAGAUUUUUGCGCUGAAGAAAAUCCGCGUGGAAGAGGAAGAUGAAGGUAUACCUAGUACCGCUAUCCGUGAGAUCAGCCUUUUGAAGGAACUACAUCACCCAAAUAUAGUAUGGCUCCGCGAUGUGAUACAUAGUGACAAGUGCCUCACCCUUGUCUUCGAAUAUCUAGACCAAGACUUGAAGAAGUUACUAGAUGUUUGUGACGGUGGAUUGGAGUCCUCUACCGCCAAAUCGUUCCUGUACCAGCUUCUGAAAGGAGUUGCGUACUGUCACGAUCAUCGAAUAUUACACCGUGAUCUUAAACCUCAAAACUUACUGAUCAAUCGGGAGGGAACGCUCAAGCUGGCCGAUUUCGGCCUUGCGAGAGCGUUUGCUAUCCCCGUGCGUAGCUACACCCACGAGGUGGUGACCCUGUGGUAUCGAGCCCCUGACGUAUUGAUGGGUUCGAAGAAAUACUCCACAGAGGUGGACAUAUGGAGUGUAGGCUGUAUAUUUGCAGAGAUGAUAAAUGGAGUCCCGCUGUUCCCAGGAGUGUCGGAACAAGACCAGCUGAAGAGGAUUUUCAAACUACUUGGGUCACCUAACGUGAAUGAGUGGCCGCAAGUAGUGGAUCUACCGGCAUAUAAUCCCGACUUAGGGGUGUUCGAACGACAGCCUUGGAGCGCUAUAGUUCCCAAACUUAGCGGCUCGGGUGUAGAUCUAAUAUCAAAAAUGCUGCAACUGGACCCUUUCCAGCGCAUAUCUGCUAGAGAAGCGCUUUGCCACGAGUACUUCAGCGACAUCGCCGAGAAUCGCGGCGUGCAGAUGUGA